AUGGCGGUUAUUUCUCUGAAUCUCAUUAUUUCACUCACCCUCUCUUUCCUCUCCCUCUCCCACUCCACUUACCUCCCUACUCUCACCUCCACCAUAGCCGGCGACACCACUCUUCCUCCCCCACCCCCUCCAUUACUACCGCUCUUUCCAGUCUCUCCAUCGCCCCAACCACCUCACGAAGAUUUCCCCGGCCAAGGGAUCUUCUCUCAUACUUCCGUCCUACCUCCAAUCCUCUCUCAUCUCGGCUUCAACGAACUAGCCACCGCCGCUCUUUCUCUCUUCAGUGACUCCGCCACCUCCACCGCCACCGGUUGGUCCGGUCCUUACACUAUCUUUGCUCCGUUUGAUUCCUCUGUCCUUACAUGCAUUUCUUGCUCCACCCCUUCCCUCCUCCGAGAACACAUGGUUCUCGGUCUCUUCCCUAGCGAUUACCUCCGAAAACUCCCCUUUGGUACCAAAAUGGAAACUCUCAGUCCUGGCCGUUGUAUAACGGUUACUUCCACUUCCACCGUCCAAAAUGAUCCCACGAUGUACAAAAUCUUCAUCGUCGGAGUUGAAAUCACUCAUCCGGAUCUCUUCAACAACGGCCUAAUCAUAAUUCACGGCCUCCAAGGCUACAUCUCACAGCUAUCGCCUUUCUCUUGUGACGUUGAACGGAUGACCUCACUCUCUUUCCCCUCCAACUACGAUCGUAGCCGCAAUAACCAACUUUCUCCGCAGCAACAUGCCGCUCUGAUGCGAUUCAUGCUUCGCGACGUGAUCCUAAGGCUGAGAAAUAGCGGCUUCUCCGUUCUCUCGCUCGCUCUGAAACUCAAGUAUGCCGAACUCGUUUCUCUCAGAAACGUCACAAUCUUCGCUCUUGAUGACGUUUCAAUCUUCUCCGGUUCGUACUCUUACAUCAACAGUGUAAGGCUACAUAUCGUGCCGAACCAGUUUUUGACUAUUGCGGAUCUGGAGAGACUUCCAGUGGGAGCCACGUUGACGACGUUGGAUAGAGAGCAGAGUUUGGUGAUGACGACGGCAGGAGGGGUUUUGAAUAAGCAAAUGAUAAGGAUCAACUAUAUGAGCAUCAAGGUUGCUGAUAUGAUGAAGAAUUUGAAUGUUAUAGUGCAUAGCCUUUACUUGCCCUUUCCUCAUGUUACUCCGAUGACGGCGACGACUGAUUCGAUGUUAGGUGGUGAAGAUCCAAUGUCGACGGUGCCGGUGCCAGUGCCUGUGCCACCGGGAACAGACGAGGCUUGUGAUGCUCUGGACGAGCAAGGUAAAUGUGAAAUGAGGCAGGUAAAUCAUGUGACGACACAUGUCAAUCCACAUUAUAUACCGGAGAUUGAAGAUCACCAUGGCCUUUGA